UUAGCAUUACUUCCCCUAAAUCGUAUGUCGUACAGUAGCAAUACACAGAGAAAUACACAGGCUAGUCUAGGUUCCAGAUACUUCUAUUCUAGAUCUAGACUAAUCAUCGGGAUUAAGACUAGAAAACGAGAUUAGUUGAACUACAAACAUUUCCUAAUCUUAUAAAAACUGCUUUUUUAGAAACUGAAAUGCAACAGGCGAAUUCAAAUGAUCCUAAGAGACCAAAUAAAGUUGUUCGCUACAAGGCCCCAGCCUCAGGAAGCCCCACAGAUGACCCCACACCAGACUACAUGAACCUUCUGGGCAUGAUCUUCAGCAUGUGUGGGCUCAUGAUGAAAUUGAAGUGGUGUGCCUGGGUGGCAGUGUAUUGUUCCUUCAUUAGUUUUGCUAAUUCAAGAACGUCAGAUGACACAAAGCAAAUGCUUAGCAGUUUCAUGUUGUCUAUAUCAGCUGUGGUCAUGUCUUACCUACAGAACCCCCAGCCCAUGCAACCUCCCUGGUGAAUUGUUACUCUCCAUUAAAAUGAUCAAACACCG